CGAUUGUAAUCAUUGUCUUUCAGUUGAUUGUUUUCAAAUGUUUGUUUUUUUGUGACACAAUGCAUUUAUAUGAACAUGGCUUAUUUCUAAAGUUUCCAUAAUGCUAGGUAAUUGCUAAGGGAGAAGCACAAGGAAUGGUGAGCAAAGGCAUCGGAAUUAUGCUAGGAAUAGCACUUGCUAACUAUACACGCUCUUCAACGCCUCUAUUACUCACAUCUUUUGGCAUGAUUACUUGGAUUCACAUGUUCUGUAACCUGAAGUCAUAUCAAGCCAUUCAGCUAAGGAAUUUAAAUCCUUACCGAGCGAGUUUACUUUUCAGCGAAUACCUGCUUAGUGGCUCAGUUCCUUCAAUUAAGGAGGUAAACGGCGAGGAGCCACUUUUUCCAGCUGUUCCACUUUUACAUUUGAAGUCAGCAGACAAAGUGCAAAGUGAGGUUCUCUCCACAGAAGCUAAGAAAGCCGCUGCUCACAUUGUGGGCAGGUUACAGCUGGGUUCUAAACUAUCCGAUAUCGCUUCAAAUAAGGAAGACGUAAUUGCUAUGUUUGACCUCUUCAAAAAUGAGCAGUAUAUACUGGCAGAACAUGAGGGCAGAUUCUGUGUUGUACUCAAAGAGAACUCUUCACAACAAGACAUGCUGAAGUCGCUGUUUCAUGUCAACUACCUGUACUGGUUGGAGAGAAAUGCAGGGAUUGUAUCAAGUGGGGUCCGCAGCGACUGUAGACCCGGGGGUAGACUCCAAAUGUCUUUACAAUACGUUGAGAGGGAAUUCGAACACGUCAAGAAUGAUAGCGAAGUAGUAGGCUGGGUGGCUGAUGGUCUUAUUGCUAGGCCUUUACCCAACAGAAUCUGCCCGGGUUAUCCAACUGCAUUUCCCGCUGGUUCCGGUUGAUUCAUCUCUAUCCGGUUGUUGUCUUAGCUAUCAGUUCCGGUAGAGCAUUAACCUUUUCCAUGGUCAGGGAUAAACCAUACUUUCCUCUAUGUGCAUUACCAAACUUUUCUUGAUGCAUGAAGAAGAUUGUAAUUGUCUCAAAUUCACUUCACAAGAGGGUGCAAAACAAAGUCGAAAGGUGAUCUCAGUGGAUCACGCGAUUGAACGUCGUGGUGAACCAUAUAUGCUCAUCCCCAAGAUACUAUCUUGAUGGCUGCCCGCAUUAUAUUUUUACCAACAAGAUACAAUAGUCUUGAUAAAAAUAUAUGAAACUUAUCUUG